AUGGCACCUUCCACUUCUUCUCGAUUCUUCUCUGCGCUAGUAAUCGCAUUCCUUGUCUCUGUGGUGAACUCUCAAUAUGAACAAUACAGCUUCAGGAGUUUCCCUAGACAUGAGCUGAUGCCUCUGGAGUCCGCUUACAAAUACGCACUGGACCAGUACACCGGGGAGAAGUGGAAGGAGACGGUAGAGUACAUGGAGGUGUCUCUGCGGUUGUACCGGCUGCUUCGGGACAGCGAGGCCUUCUGCAACCUCAACUGCAGCUCCGUGCGGCUCGAAGACGAGCAGAAGUUUGCGGAGUUUCCUGAGUUGCGGGCAUUUGGAAACGUUAUGAAGAGGGCGCAGUGCCUCAAGCGCUGCAAACAGGGUCUGCCCGCUUUUAGACAGUCAAUGCCCAGCCGGGACACCAUAGAUGAAUUUGAAAGGAGAGAGCCAUAUAAAUACUUGCAGUAUGCCUACUUCAAGUCUAACAACCUGGCCAAGGCAGUGUCUGCUGCUCACACCUUCCUGCUAAAACACCCAGAUGAUGAGAUGAUGCAGAAGAACAUGGCCUACUAUAAGAGCCUGCCUGGGGCCGAAGAACACUUCAAAGACCUGGAGACCAAAUCCUAUGAGACAUUGUUUGUGCGUGCAGUGAGGGCGUAUAAUGGGGGAAACUUUCGAACAUCAGUGUCAGACAUGGAGCUGGCUCUGAGGGACUUCUUCAAAGUCUAUGAUGAGUGUCUGGCUGCAAGUGAGGGGCCCAGGGAUGUCAAAGACUUUAAAGACUUCUACCCUUCCAUAGCUGAUCACUACAUAGAAGUCCUAGAGAGGAAAGUGAGGUGUGAAAGUGACCUGACUCCUGUGGUAGGGGGAUUCGUUGUGGAGAAGUUUGUGGCCACCAUGUACCAUUACCUGCAAUUUGCCUAUUACAAAUUGAAUGACUUGAAGAACGCUGUGCCGUGUGCAACCAGCUACAUGCUGUUUGACCCCAGUGAUGAAGUUAUGAAGAAUAACGUGGCCUAUUACCAGUUCCACAAGAGUCAGUGGGAACUGACGGAGGAGGACUUCCUCCCCAGAUCAGAGGCAGUGCGGUACUACAAUCAGACCACCAUGCAGCUACAGAUGUUGGAGUUUUCCAGACAGCGCCUGGUGAGCGAUGAUGAGGGGGAGGUGGUGGAGUUUAUAGAUGAAUUCCUGGAUGAAGAUGAAUAGCCUGCAUUGGAAACUCAGCUGAAAACACUGAAAAACAAACAACGAAACAGCUCCAGCAUUCCCCAAGGUUCUAUUUAUUUGGGUUCUGUAAGGCUCUGACUGGUCACUGUGUUUUUACCUGCAGCUCCACAUCCUCAGUAUUUUUGUAUUUUCUCAUUUUGCGCACUAAAUAUCCACUUCAGACAUAUGGACAAUAAGAGGAUUGUGUGAUAAUAGAGAUAAAAAUGUCUUUACUUACUGUGUAUGAAUUCAUUCCUCUACUGUGAAUCAGAUAAUGUGUUGUCAGUCAAAAACGGUUCUUUUGUCAAUAAAAUAAUAAGAAAACUGGCCAACCAUCAAGUAAUCGUUUUAGAGUUGUAGUACUAUAGUUGCUGAUUUCGGGGUUGUGGCUCCUUUUCAUGUAGUUUAGGGCUGAAAUUCUGUCUGCCAGUUUUUUUUGUGUAAUGUAUUGUUAAUAUAUAUUGUCAGAAGACAGUGAAUGCUCGUUACAAUUUUUUAAAGUUGACGUCUUCGAAUGGCUUUUUUGUUUCGGAGCAUCCUUUCGGAAUCUACAGAUGGUCAAUUUACUAUCAGGUAAGAUUUUUAAAAAAGCAGUA